AGUAUCAUUCACGUAUCGAUUCAAGAAAACGAAAGCAUUAAUUAUUAUAUGAAAUUAAUUAUUGUAUAUGAAAAAAGAGAAAUAAAAAUAGUCGUUCUCAUUCAUUUAUCGUCUCUUUGUUGUUUACAUUUCCUCAAAUGUUUCCCACCUCCUAUUCAGACAUCUCGUAGAUACGAAUUUUUUAUGAGAUAAAAAAAUCGCGCGGAUCAAACUGCAUUCCAGAUGGUUUUAGCAAUUUCAUUUAUAGAUUACAAUAAAAUAUUGCAAGAUUUAAAUAUUUAUCAAUUGAAACAUACAAAUUUAAUCUUAAAAGUAGUAAGUUAGCUUAAUGAUCCAAAGAUCGAGUUAGGUUAGGAGUACGAGCUUGCAAGAGUUAAAUAGAUAGAUAGCCGUGAGUAAUCUUUCGAUUAAUAUUUAUGUACAGAUCUCGCGUAAAAUCAGUCAAUCGUUUUUUAUAAUUUGCGAAGAAAUACGAUUAUUAUUAGAGAUAUGAAACGUGAUUGAUUUCAUACAGACUCCACUAGUUGACGUAGCGUUUUCCAAGAUUAAUCAACUUAAAAAAAUGACACAACACACGAAACCCCCGUUGCUGUUCGAAAUAUUUAAUGAAUGUCAGAUAUCGAAAGCAAGAACCGGGAGAAUGACUCUUGUUCAUCAUCACGUAGAUACUCCUGUGUUUAUGCCAGUUGGCACGCAAGGUACUUUAAAAGGUUUAUUACCACAACAGUUAGAACAACUGGAUUGUCAGAUUAUACUGGGAAACACGUAUCAUCUUGGUACGAGACCUUUGCUUUCAAGGGUCUGAGCGUUUUGCAAAAGGCUGGGGGAUUGCAUAAAUUCAUGAAUUGGAAACGAGCUCUUUUGACUGACUCCGGUGGCUUCCAAAUGGUAUCGUUGCUAGAGCUGGCUGAAAUUACGGAGGAAGGUGUUAAAUUCAAAUCACCAUAUAAUGGUUCUGAUUGUAUGAUGACUCCUGAACACUCUAUACAAAUACAAAAUAUAAUAGGAGCAGAUAUAGUGAUGCAACUAGACGAUGUAGUUAAAACUACGCUGACGGGUCCAAGAGUAGAAGAAGCGAUGCAUAGAACGAUUAGAUGGUUAGACAGAUGCAUAAAAGCGCAUCAAAGACCGAACGAGCAAAACGUAUUUCCAAUCGUACAAGGAGGUCUCAAUCCUGAACUCAGAUCGGAAUGCGCGAAUCAAUUGAUAAAGCGUGAAGUAAAUGGUUACGCUGUAGGAGGCUUGAGUGGCGGAGAAUCGAAAGAUGAAUUUUGGAGGAUGGUCCACUUAUCGGCGAACAUACUUCCAAAAGGCAAACCGCGUUAUUUAAUGGGUGUUGGAUUCGCUGUGGAUAUAGUCGUUUGCUGCGCUUUAGGAAUAGAUAUGUUCGACUGCGUAUUCCCUACGAGAACAGCGAGAUUCGGUUGCGCGUUAGUGCGCACGGGUCAGUUGAACUUGAAACAGGUUCGGUAUCGUAAAGACACGAGGCCGAUAGACGAAUCGUGUGAUUGCAGUACAUGUAAAGCGUACACACGUGCUUAUCUUCAUCAUAUCGUGACGGCAGAAACGGUGGCCUGUCACUUGCUGUCCUUGCACAACGUCGCGUUCCAAAUGAAACUGAUGAGAGACAUCAGGCGGAGUAUCAAAGAUCAAAGAUUCCCAGAAUUUGUACAGCAGUUCAUGUUGGACGUGUACCCGGAUAAAAAUUAUCCUUCGUGGAUAAUUAACUCCUUGGAAGCUGUUAAUAUCACGUUAAAAUAAAUCAUUCUGAUGAUCAUA